AAUACUGAUAGGUUGGAAGAGAAUGUAGUGUGUACAACAUUCCUUCAAAGUUCUUGUUGCACUUUCUACUUUACAGUCACUAACCUUUCUUUGUUGAUCGAUCUGGACCCCUAGUGGAUUGUUUAAGGAAAGAAAGAGGAAGUUCUUUGCUUCACGUCGCUGGCAGUCAGUCGGUGCGGCUGCGAUGAGGAUCGACAUGUGUUGCUCUGACAAAAGCGGUCAAAAUGUCGCUUUUUAACAGAUGACUUAUUUGGCAUCGACGGCUUGAGAUGAUCCGGACACCAACGGUGGUUACUGAUUAAUGACAAUUGACAAAAAACAGAAGCGAAGUGCGUGAAGCGAUGAUGAACUCAGGUAUGCAAAAGCCACCUUUGGCCCCAAAACCAAAGCUGGCCCAGCCCCAGAGGCCAGGGCAGUCUCCCUCAACCCCCCGAAGAGACUGCCUCGCACUCCGGUCUCCUGGCACGCCGAGGAGGGUCAAACCAGCGCUGGCCCCCAAACCCUGCCUCUCCAAACUCACCACUGCUCUGGAAUCCAAACCACUCGCUUCAGAGAGCCUGCUCCAAACAUCUGCGACAGAAACCCCACACAUCGACGGUCUUCUUAACUCCCAAAAUGGAAUACAGCAAGAGAACAAAAAGCCAGAUUGGGAUUAUAUUAUUCCCAUUUGUCUGUGUAGCCAGGAACACUGCAUGUGCAUCAGGAACACAUCAGCAAACAGAAGGCUUCUCGCUACAGCUCGAGGAACUGUGGACAGCGUUGGAGAGAAAACAGACAAUGCUAAGUGCAAAGUGAUGAAGACGUCCACUAAUACUCACUUCACGAAUCAUAGACCUCUUCAAGAAUCAUUUACUUUAGAUAAAGCUGACAUCGACACCUGCAGUCCUGAGGUGACCUUUCGGCCGUCCCUUCCUCACAGAACAUGGAGCGAUGAGGCAAACGGUAACGUAAUUCCUCAGAGUGCACCUGGGCGUGGACCAGAGGAAGAUGCUCUUGGCUCGGAGCAGAUAUCUUGCAUCCCCCAGCCCAAACCAGUCCCAGCAGCCUCUAGGAAGCCCAUCCCUGUCCCUGUACCAAGGAAACCCAGGAUGGCUGUCCUGGCCCGUCAGGAAAAGGUGGAGAAGGAUUGUGGAGAGAUUGUAGGCCAGGAAGGGAGGGAAAUGAACGUCAAAGAGGUGAAGGUGUCACCGGAGGGGAAAGGCAGCUCAUCACCGUCUGUCAGUGGACUUGUUGGACAAACGGUGCCUAUGUUUCUGUCUGCGGGAAAAGCCUGCGCUCAGCCAGCCCCUCCGCCCAGGAAAAAGCCUUUACUGUCCGCACCUGAGAAAGCAGCAACCUCUGCUCCACGCACUCUCCCGAAGGAUGUGGAGGAGGAAGACCUGGGUUGGGACAGCAGCAUCCAGGAGAUGGAGGUAUCGGUUGACAAGGAGGAUAUAGAGGUGGAGAAGGAAGGAACGUAUGAUGAGGAGGCAGUCUACAGUGACGUCACACAAAGUCCUCCGUCCAGCAGUCCACUCAAUCAACCGGAGCUGAGCCAGCCUCCUUCAGUCACUGUGGCAGCGGAGGACGCGGUGGUCAAGGUGGCUCCCAAGAAGCCCCAGAGAAACAGCAGCAUGAUGGCACGGAUGCAGAGGAAGGAGUCCUCUGAGGAGGAAGAAGAGUGUAAACUUGGAGAUGAUGAGAAAAGUCAGAGCCUUUCUAUACAGGCUCACGCUUUGAAGGACAGAGUGAUGAGGGAGCUGCCUUCGCCUCCGGUCGGAAAAACAAGCAGAACAAUCUUAACACCAGGAAUCAUCAAGCCUAGCAGGUCCAGCCUGGGCAAACAGAGAGCCAAGUCGUUCUCCGGUGCCGACGUCCUUCGCUCCGACGGACAGAAGAGGAACUCUUUCCGGAAACUGCUGGACUUGAAGCUCUCUGUGAAGAUGCUUCCCAAGCUGAUCGUGAAAGGAGGCCAGAGCUCAGACUGUAAUGAACAAAAUGUGGACAGGGACCAAGGCAGAUGUCAAAACCUCCACCAGGGUCCCGGGGCUCAACGUAAAUUAUCCUGCCCGCUGACUGGAGUAGAGCAAAGCGUGGACGGAGAUAAGUUUUCUCCUGGAACGGAACAAGAUGUUUACUAUGAGAACGUGCCUCACUAUGAAGAGAUACCAGACUACAUGAAUGUGAAUGUAGGAGGGGCAGUUGCAUCUCCUCGGACCUCCGUCUCGCAGUAUAAUGACGAGGGCAUUUAUGAGGAGCAGGAGCCAUACAUGUCCUUUGAGAAAAACUCUGGACACCAACAGUGUCAGACGCCAACAGACUAUGACAGAAGCUCUGUCGAUGAAGAGGUGACACCCCUGGAUGAUGGCCCCUCGGAUGAGGACAUCUUGAUCAACACCUCAGAGGACGAUAGCAGCUCCAUCUCGAGUAAAGGAGACCCUGAACAGCCAGAGGAGAGUCCGACGCAGAGUGCACAGAAGAGCAGCAAGAUUCACCACAUCGCCACAGAAAUUAUGAGCUCUGAGAGUGUGUUUGUUGAUGUCCUGAAGCUGCUUCAUGUCGACUUCCGUGACGCAGCGUCCACAGCGUCUCGUCAGAGCGGGAAGGCUGUGAUCGAGGAGCGUCUUCUCAACCAGAUUCUGUACUACCUCCCGCAGCUCUACGAACUCAACCAAGACCUGCUCAGAGAGCUGAAGCAGAGAGUAGCCAAAUGGGAUGAGCAUGCACAGCUAGCAGACAUUUUCCUGAAGAAAGGGCCCUAUCUGAAGAUGUACUCCACAUACAUCCGCGAGUUUGACAAGAAUGUGGCUCUACUGGAAGAGCAGAGUAAGAAGAACCCGGCAUUCGGCGCAGUGGUUCGGGAAUUCGAGGCCAGUCCCCGCUGUGCCAACUUGGCUCUGAAGCAUUACCUUCUGAAGCCUGUUCAGAGGAUUCCUCAGUAUCGGCUGUUGCUCACAGACUAUCUAAAAAACCUGUCUGAAGACUCACUUGAUUACAAGGACACACAAGCUGCUCUUGAAAUAGUGAAAGAGGUGGCCAAUCACGCCAACGACUUCAUGAAACAAGGGGAUAACUUCCAGAAGCUGAUCCAGGUGCAGUGCAGUCUGAACGGCCACCAUGAGAUCGUCCAACCUGGACGGAUCUUCUUGAAAGAGGGCACCCUGAAGAAGCUGUCAAGGAAGGGCAUGCAGCCCAGAAUGUUCUUCCUGUUUAACGACACAUUGCUGUACACCACUCCUGUCCAGUCAGGCCAGUACAAGUUCAACAACAUGUUCUCUCUGGCUGGGAUGAAGGUUAGCAAACCAAGCCAAGAGGCCUAUCAGAAUGAGCUGAACAUUGAGAGCGUGGAGCGCUCCUUCAUUCUCUCAGCGAGUUCGGCCUCAGAGCGAGAUGAAUGGCUUGAGGCCAUCUCCACGGCAAUCAGUGACUACACCAAGAAGAAGAUCAGUUUUAUAUCUGGCAAACCUCCAGAAGAGGUAGAGCUAAGAGAUUGUGGUGAUGGUGCUCCUUUGGGAUCCAAAGCCCCUAUAUGGAUCCCUGACCCACGGACCACCAUGUGUAUGAUCUGCACCUGUGAGUUCACCCUAACAUGGAGGCGACAUCACUGCCGUGCAUGUGGAAAGGUGGUGUGCCAGUCAUGUUCCUCCAACAAAUGCGCUCUUGAAUACCUAAAGAACCACUUGGCCCGAGUGUGUAACCAGUGCUUCCCUGUUCUUCAGCUGCAGAAAAGUGAACGAGCCCAAUCAGCAGCUCUAUCCCCCGGAAACAGAGCUACCUUUGCGUUCCCCAGGAAGCAGAAGAAGAUACCCGCAGCACUCAAAGAGGUGACAGCAAGCACAGACAACUCCUCAAUGAGUGGGUACCUGCAGAGGUCAAAGAGCAAUAAGAAGCAGGGGAAGAGGCUGUGGUUCGUUAUCAAAGACAAGGUCCUGUAUACAUACGCUGCAAGUGAGGAUGUUGCAGCCUUAGAGAGUCAGCCCCUGUUAGGGUUUAUGUUGAAAGAUGAUUCAUCACAGAAGUUGGAGUUUAAGCUUUACCACAAAAACACACUUCACUACAUUUUUAAAGCUGACGACCUCCAAACGGCACAGAGAUGGAUCGACUCAUUCAAAGACGCCACGGUGCUUUAAUAUUGGUUGACAGUGUAUGUAGCUGCUCAACAUACUGUUUUACCUCAAUGCUCUGUGAAUUCUGCAAAAAGCAUCUGGAGACACUAUAAUAGUUGCACUGAAAUCAAAUCAAAAUAAAGUAUUUUAUUACUUGUAUCAGUGUAGUUACCUUUUACAUAGUUGAAAGGGUGGGAAUUAGCUGUGUUAGCUUUGUAUUUAUUCAAUUUACAUUUAUGCAGUUUUGGCAAUUUAAGAAUCAUAUGCCCAAAUUAUCUGGAGCUAUUUUAGACCUUUUUUGGUUACAUUUUAAUUUUUUUUAAAUUUUCUUUUAGUAACCAGCUUGCAUCUCCGCAGCACAGAUUUGUUAAUUAAAAACUAUUGUCAGUAGAUUUGUAAUGAAUUAUGUCAUAACAUUUUGCUCAACAUUUACCAAUUCAUUUUUAAAGGUCAAAACAAAUCAUAUUGAAUGUUUCUUGUUGUCUGAGAAUGAUUACUUUAUUUCACACCAGUGUGUGUCUUGUUGUAGAACACACAAUGUGCAUUCGUCAUGCUUGUGUAAGAAAGCUUCACCUUACAUUAUUAGUUUUCUGUAACUCUGAGUCUAACUUAAGAGUCUUAAUGGUGUAUCUGGGGAUUUUCACUCAAUAAUGGGUAAUGCACUUAAGUAUCUCAACCGGCUGUAUAUAUUAUGUCCCUACACACACAUCUUCUGUAAAUAAAGACAAAUGUAAAUUCAAUGUAAUCAAAUUUCCAUGAAUCUCGCUUUCAUUAUUGAAAUUCUGUGACUGUAAUAAAUUGUUUUACUGUU